AAGCAGACAAAAUGACCCCAACAAUACAGUUACUCAAAUGGACUACUCCUUGACUAUUUCUUUCCCAACCGUUCUUACAACACAAUCACAACAAACUAGCGUGAGAAAAACUACAGAAAUUCUCACGCUGAUCAUCACAACAAACACCGUAUCCAAUUUGGUACAACAACCCACCUCGGCAGUCGAUUUACAAUUUUCCAAUCCUCCAGGGCUUUCUGGACCUGAGAACACACUUAUAACCGAGCCCAACCUAUUAAUGGCUGACAACCUAGCCCUUUUACCUGACUUUACUACCAACUCAUACCAAUACUUAUCCAUGGACACCCACUCAAAUACUACAAUCGAAUUUGUAUCAAAAAAAUCUUAUGCCACUGCACUUAUGAGUAACCAAAAACCUAAACCUCAACACAAAUUUUCAGGCCACCAAGACUUCAAAUGGUGCACCUCAGUCCUUAAAGAUCUUGCAACACAACAUAUCGAUGAAUUUGACAAACUCAAAUAG